UAUACGCUACAACUCCUGACCUCCACAUCUCUCUUGUUCAUUAUCCGAUGAUGAAAGCAUAGCAAUUUACAAAACCCCCUUCUGUGGUUCUGAGAAAGAACCGAAAACAUGGUUUCUUCUUCAUCUUCACUGUGGUCCGCAAAUGGCAAUCUUCUUCUCCAACAACAAUCCUGUUCAUCUUUCUCCAACUAUCGACACUCUGCAACACCAACCAGAUGGGGUUUCAGAAAAGAGAUUGAUUUGGGACCUGCCAUUCGUAGAACCAAAGAUGAAGCAUUUCGUGUAGCUAAUCCUAAUGUUACAAUAGCAAGUGGAAGGUCGAGGAAAGAAGUGAUCAUGGUUGAUCCCGUUGAAGCAAAACGUUUAGCCGCUAAACAAAUGGAAGCCAUUAAAGCAAAACAAAGUUUUCAAAGGAGACGACAAAUAGAAGCCAUAAAUGGAGCGUGGGCUAUGAUUGGCCUAACCACAGGCUUAGUCCUCGAAGGUCAAAGUGGAAAUGGCAUUUUGGCUCAGUUGGCUGGAUAUUGGGCCACCUUGGUCAGCUUUUUUGUAAGAUAAUGCACACGGGUUAGGGUUAGCCCAUAUGGCGUUACAUGAAAUAUAUGUUAUUUUGUUUAUGAUACAUAGAAGAGGAACCAUAAUAUCAUUACACAUUGUCACAAAAGCAAAAUGUUUGUGAUAGGUGACUGCUUUGUGUCGAGGGUAAUUUGGUCAAGUACUUUGCUUUGUGCCACCCCUUUGUCAUUCACUAUACAAAAGAUAAAGAUUGGAUAUUGAUAAAAGCGAAUAAAGGACCCCAUUGUUUUUA